UCUUCCCCAAAUUCACAAUUCCUUAAUAUCAACAAGGAGAUCAAGGAGUUUCUCUCAUUUUCUUCUUGGGAUCAAUUCAAAAAUCAUGGGUUUCCGAUCCCUCUUCCAUCGAAAGAAGAAACUCCAAAAUACAACAUCGUCUUCCCCAACAGAGGUAACCACAAACACAACCUUUCUCUCUCGAACCACGUCCCUCCAAUCACGUGUCCAAUUCACCGAGGAUUUGGAACACGUGUUUCGGAAAUUUGAUGUUAACGGUGAUGGCAAAAUCUCUUCUUCCGAAUUAGGGUCCAUCAUGGGAAGCCUAGGGCAACCCGCAACGGAAGAAGAACUUGAUAAUAUGAUCCGUGAGGUUGAUGCUGACGGUGAUGGUCACAUCAACCUCGAGGAGUUUAUUGAGUUGAACACCAAAGACAUUGAUCCCAAUGAGAUUUUGGAGAAUCUCAAAGAUGCAUUUUCCGUUUUUGACAUUGACAAAAAUGGUUCUAUUUCGGCCGAGGAGUUGCACAAUGUUAUGGUGAGUCUUGGAGAUCAAUGCUCCCUUGCCGAGUGUCAAAAGAUGAUAGGCGGGGUUGAUAGCGAUGGUGAUGGAAUGAUCGAUUUUGAAGAGUUUAAGAAGAUGAUGAUGGGCUCCAACUUUGGAUCGAUGGAAGGAACUAAUCAAGUUGACAGCGAAACAUGAAGAUUUGAUGUUUGGUUUUAAAUUAUGGUUGCGGUCUGGUGGUUGUUGCGGUUUGAUUUGGUCACACGUUUAUUGUGGUUGUAAUUUUAUCGCAAACAUUUUAAGACCUACUUAAUUAGGAAAGUGCUUUGCA